AACGAUAGUCAGGUGACUGUCUGCAGACAGAACAUGGCUGACCUGUCAGAAGACCAAUGAGGGAAAGGCCAAAUUUAGCAUAAUCGAUCUUAUUUUUUACGUCGUUUCUCACCACGGUUGACCGUCGUGGGCAGCAGUUAACCAGAGGUAUUCAAGAUGAGCGGGUUGCCGGAGGGUAUAGCAAAUGGCCCAAGCAGAAGUGAACAUUUAGAGAAAGAUGCUCAAAUUUGGGAAAGACCCUGGACUCUUGAAGAGAUGCGGCAGAACAGUGCCAACUGGUCCUUGGCAGCUGACUCGGGGCUCUUCCUGUUCCUCCAAGACUUCUCCCAGAGAAUGCUGUCAAAGACACAUGAGAUUGAAAAGCAGUUGGACAGUCUGAUCCGUGACACCAAGGCCACAGACAGCUGCUUACACUCUGUCUUUAAUGACUUUCUCAUGCUUUCCAAUACGCAGUUUAUAGAAAAUAGAGUGUAUGAUGAAGAGGUAGAAGAGGCUAUUCCCAAGGCUGAUGUUUUGGAGAAGCAGCCUGAGCAGGAGAAGACUCGAGAGCAGAAAGAGGCCGAGCUGAUCCCUAAGAUGCAGGAAGCUGUAAACUACGGUCUGAGAGUUCUGGAGUCGGCCUUUGAGCAUCUGGACAUCAAAGCAGGAAACUCUGACUCAGAGGACGAAGAGGUCGCAGACAAAGUGGAAGCCAUCCUGGAGCCUAAGGAUCUAUAUGUGGACAGGCCACUUCCAUAUCUCAUUGGUUCGCAGGCCUUCAUGGAACAAGAUGAUGUUGGACUUGGUGACCUCUCAAGUGACGAAAUGUCCGUUGACAGUGACAGUGACCGAGACAGUGUCAUUGAGAGCGAAGAUGGCAAAGAACAAGUUCAUUCAGAUGAGGACUUUGAUCAGGAGGAGGACGAAGGUCACAAUAACAUUAAGAAGAAAUCAUCCAUGUUGAGUUAUGAGGAUGAUGAAGAGGAGGAGGAGGAGGAUUCUGACAUAUUUGGAGAAUCAGACAGGGAUGAUGACGACGACUCAAAGAACACAGGCCCAUCGUCUUUUGCCGAUGAGCUGGCGGCCCGAAUUAAAGGUGAACCAGUCAACAAACCAGAAGGAGAUCGCGCAUCAUUGACAUCUAAGAAGAAAAGUAAAGGCAGGAAAGAACCAAAGCCUGCAAAGCCACAGGUAGCUGAAGAGGACAGUGAUGACAUGUUUAAGCCACCAAAGAUGGAUGACGAUGACUUCUCGCCGUUCGGAGGAAAAGGUGGCCUCUUCAGUGGAGGGAGAGGCCUCUUUGACGAUGAUGAUGAGGGUGAUCUUUUCUCUGAGGCACCAAAACCUACUGUGUCCCAAGAGAAAAAGGUGCAGAAUGAAGGAAUGAAAAGCACAGCUCAAACUGCAGAAUCUGACAAACCUGGAAAGAAGAUUCCACCGGGUGCCAUUUCAAUAUUCCCAGAUAACAGCCUGUUCAGCUCGGGGAAUGACUCUGAAUCGGUGGAGAGCAAGGAGAAUAGAACUUCAGCUCCUAAGACCAAUGCUGCCUCCAAACAGGUUCCUGCAGGAGCUGGUGUAGGUGGAGGUGGGCUAUUUGAUGAUGAGGACGAGGACGAUGACUUCUUCAGUGGUAAAAGCCUGAAUAAGUCUGAAUCUGGUAAGCGUGUGAGAACCUGGCACAGUGCUACUGUCCAAGUUUGGGUGGGAUGCUGCUUACCCUCAAACCACUGUGUGUUGGUUGUUGUUUUUUUUUUUUCCUUCUUUUUUUCAGCUGGACAGGAGAAACCCAAACCCAAGAAAGCUAUUGACCUUUUCGAUGAUGACGAUGAGGAUGGUGACAUAUUCAGUGCAAAGUACAGUGUGCCAACUCCAGCGCAGAGCAAGAAGGAGGGAGUGGAGGAGCAGGUUAAAUAUCCUGAGAAAAAGAAUGGGCCUGCUCCAGAUCCCGGGAAGGUGACUCAGAAAGCCCAGGCCAAAGGCCUCUUCUCUGAUGAUGAAGACACACCUGGAUUUCCAACCAUCCCCAAAAGCCAGUCUAAGCCUGAACCUACAAGCCAGGCCAAAACCAGCAAAGCGCCUUUGUCAUUAUUUGAUGACGAGGAAGAAGAGGAUCUGUUUGCAUCUGCAGCUAAAUCUAAACCUAAACCUAAACAGGCUAAAGCCUCCACACCGCAACCCAGUAAGGCUGUGUCCAGCUCCCUCUUCAGUGACGAUGAGGACCAGUGGAUGAGUUCUAAAAGUAGUGCUGUAAAACCAGAGGUUAGGACAGGUGGGAUGAAGUCCAGUGCUAGUGCCCCCUCCAAUCUCCCCAGUGCCAAAACGUCUCAAAAAAGCAGCCUCUUUGACGCUGAUGAUGAUGAUGAUGACCUGUUUGCGCCAACAAAAGAGUCGAGUCAGAAGAAGCCUCAGAGAGUUGCUCUCUUGUUUGAAGACGAGGGCGAUGAUGAUGAAGAAAAGGGAUCCCUUUUUGGCAUCAAACAAGCUGUCACCACAAACGCUGCCGCUCCAGCUGCUAAAACACCUGCUUUGGCCUCUCAGUCGUCCUCCCCGAUAGAAAAAUCCGAAGAGGUUGAGGUUUCUAGGACGGCAGGAGAGGACAAGCCUUCAGAGCAGGAGAAGCCAGUGGCAAAGAACCCUGAGCCGCUCACGUCAUCGCCAUCACCAGAGAGCAGUGAAAGUAAAAAGAAGUCUGCUGGAGCCAUCGGUCUUUUCGGAAGCAUCAACGCUCUUGCCAGCAAGAAGGCAAAGAGCCUGUUGGAUGAAGUUGACAAUGAUGAUGGCUUCCUCUCUAAGGAGAGCCCGCCACCAAAUGUUAAGAAGAAGGAGGAGAGGAGGGAAGAGAAAGUCAAAACAAACGCUGUUAGCCUAUUUGAUGAGGAGGAGGAGGAUGAAUCCGAUUGGAAUGAUCCCAUAUUCGCGCCCAGUAAACCCACAGCAAGAAACACACUAAAGUCUUUACAGCCUACAGAGGAGCGGCCACAAGCAAAGAGCACAGGUGUGUUCCAGGAUGAGGAGCUGCUGUUCAGUCAGAUGCAGCAGAAGGACAAUGACCCAGAUGUUGACCUCUUUGCCACCUCAGGAAAAGCUGCAAGCUCCAAGCCCAGCUCAGCAAAGUCAGCAGCACAAAGUCUGUUUGCAGAUGAGGAUGAGGAUGACCUCUUUAGCUCCAUCAAGCCAAAAGCUCCUCCUCCGAAAGUAGCAGAAAAACCCAGUAAACCUAAUGACAGAGCACCACUAGCAAGUCCAGAAUCUGUAUCAGAGAUUCAGAAACCUGCACCAAGCCCUGUAAAACCUAAAGAUUCCUCAUCAAAGAUUGGGAAACUUCAAGCCAACCUGAUGAUCAACCCCGCUGCGUUGCUCCCUGGUGCUGUGCCCAGUAUGCCAGGCGCUGUAAAUGUACUCCCUGGCAUGGGUCUUAGUUCCUCCUCUGGUGUGUCCAGUUCCAGCCAGAGCCCCAGCCCUGCCACAACUCCUGUAGGAGCCCAGACAAACAAGGAGGGAGGAGUGAGCUUUGACUCCCCAGUCCAGGUUACAACACUGCAGAGCGCACACAAGAGCCGUGCCAAAGGUUCUGUACAGCGGAGACCCCAGUCCAGAGCAGCGAGGCAGCAAGCAGCCCAAAGAUCUAUGGACAAUAAUGAAAAGACCUUGGGUGGACGUGUUCCUGGGCCAAACCCAAGUCUGUCUGGUUUAGCCUUACCUCCAGCAGACAAGUCCAGCCAGGCGUCUGCCAGUCCGACACUACCUAACUCCGCUGCGCCCACAGCCUUGAUCGCCUCCUUACCUUCUCAAUCUUCUCUCUCUGAAACCUCCCCCAAACCCUUUGUACUGACUCUGCCAGUAUCCACAAGCGCUGGAAAGAAAGACUCUAGUAAAGACAGCAGCAGUACCAAGGUGCUACCCCCUUCUGAUCAGGAUGACCUUUUUGGCUCUGACAGUCUGUUUGGGGCCACCUCAGUCACUAACACACCCUCCACCCGACAAACUACCAAGACUACACAACCUCAGGCCGGUAGCAAUGCAGGAUUGAAGAAAGACAAAGACAAAAGCACACUCCCGUCCAUUUUUGAUGACAACACUGAUGACCUUUUCCAAAAGGUCAAGCCAAGGUCAGCUACUAAGAAAACCAAGGCUUCGUCCUUCUUGGAAGAAGAUGAUGAUGAUGAGGACAUCUUUGGAGUGAGCAACAGCUCCACUCCCACAUCCACAAGUAGUAAAGAAAUCAGCAGUAGUUUUUCAAAGCAGGACAUCUUCCAGGAUGAAGUAGCCACUGUGCCUAAAGUUCACAAGAAGCACAAAGAGAAGACCAUUGAUGCCAGCUUGUUUGAUGACAACAUAGAUAUUUUUGCUGACCUGACGGACACUUUAAAGCCAAAACAGAAGUCCAAGACAAAGGGAGAGACCAAAUCAAUAUUUGAUGAUGACAUGGAUGACAUCUUCUCACCAAGCACAGUAAAACCAGUCACCAAGGCUCCCCAUAAAGCAAAGAAAACGCCACUGUCUCAGGAGACCAGUACAGCAGCGGAUUCAAGCAACAUAUUCGAUGAUCCAUUAAAUGCUCUUGGUGGGAAAUGAACAGUUGUUUCUGAGUAGCCAGAUUUGUGAAAUUGUGGAUUCAUUCUUUUGUCAUUUUGGAUCGCUGAAAGAUUGGAGAUCGGAUACACUGUUGAUAGAGUAUUUAUUCAUAUGAAUUCAUAUAAAUACUGUGGCUUGUUUUCGGCAGAUAAAGACUUAAAUGAAAAUGAUUUCAGUCAUCUUCCGACAGCACUUUCAGAUCAUCUCGGCAUCAGAUCAUAUUAUGUAACAGUUAUUAUGUACUGGUAAUCUUUAUUAUACAUGAUAGCACUUUAUAAGCAUACCAUAUGCUUUGCCUCAAAACCUGCCGAAAUUAACAGUAAAUUGUUUGUUUGUUUUGAAGAUGUUCAUCCUUAGGCUUUUCCAUGUUGAGAUUUCAUUUCUUUGGGUUUGUCACAUAUCAUUAUUAUGAGAAAUCAGUGUGUUUACUUUAACGUCUUAGGCAUUUUGACAAUGUUUUUAUUAAUAAGAAAUUCAUCAAUUUCUUAACUUUGCCUGUGAUUAAAAAGGAUAUUCAUUUUUAAUAACUAAAAAGAAACAUAUUUUAUGCUAUCUGAAA